AUGGACAUCAAUUUAGAUGGGGAUUGGAAUGGAGCAAAUAUUGGAGCAGAUGAUAUUUUUGGUUCCAAAAGAAAGGUGCCAAGUUCACAGGAGUCUGAAAAGUCACAUACAUUGGACAAUUUCCGCCAAACUCAAUUUCCUAAUAUACCACAACCACAAAUUCCACCUCCUUUUCAAGUUCCUAAUGGUUACCGAAUCUUCCAAACAUGCUUACAUUCCAAACCGCACAAUUUUCAUCUCAAAUUGGACCGGGACAAGCACCUUGGCAAUAUCAAACUCAAGAGGCAACUUCCCGACGGCAACAAGAAAAUAAAGAAGGAUAUCUGCGACUAUUCCAUGGUACUCCCGUCGGCAAUAAAUCCCGGUGACAACAAAUCCCGGCGGCAACAAAAUCUGGGUGGCAACAGAAUCACGGCGGCAACAAGUACUCUAAUUCUAGUGGCGCGGGACGAGGGAAUCACGUGA